AUGAGUCUGAACUAUGCUUCGGCGGCGCCCACGCAGAGAUCCACGUCGUUUUUCAUCGAGGACAUUCUAUUACACAAACCAAAGCCGCUGCGUGAUGUUAUUCCUUCGCCCUUUUGCAGCUCGCUCGCCUCCCGAAUGCCCAUCCUGGAGUACGGAUACCCGCUCAUGCCCACGCCGAUCCUGGCCCCACAUCCACACCAUCCCCUGCACAAGCCAGAGCACCACCAGUACUUCUUCACGUCUGGGAUGCAGAUGCCCGCCUUGUUCCAGCAUCACGCAGAGCUGCCCGGGAAGCACUGUCGGCGCAGAAAGGCCCGCACGGUCUUCUCUGACUCCCAGCUGUCCGGUUUGGAGAAGAGGUUCGAGGUGCAGCGGUAUCUGUCCACACCGGAGCGAGUGGAGCUGGCCACGGCGCUCAGCCUGUCGGAGACGCAGGUGAAGACGUGGUUCCAGAAUAGACGCAUGAAGCACAAGAAGCAGCUGCGAAAGGCCCAGGAUGACCGGAAAGGACCCGGGGACGUGGACAGAUCCGCGGAUAACUCCAGCGAAAGCGAACUCACCCACGACAAGACCUCCGGGGAGCUCAAGCACAGCGCGUUGGACCCGGAUUCGUAUCUGAUUGACGAGCACGGAGAAGACGACGACGAAGAUGACGUGGACAUUGAAGAGGACAUUUGCUCACCGGGACAUCUACUAUAG